GCCCUUCCUGCCCCCCCCAAGCCCAGCUGCGCGCAGUUGCAGGGGCUGGCAGGAGUGGGUGAAGUUGCUCCAACCCCCCCAUCCCCUUCCUCCUCCUCCUCCUCUUCCUCCUCCUCUCUCUUCUUCCAGGAAAGCUCGCUGUGGGUGACCCCACCAUCACCGAUAAACCCCCGGGAAGAUGCCAGGGCUGAUUAACCGGACGACCUGCUCCCCACUCCCCCUCACCAUGUCAGAGGUGACAUCAUGCGUCAGUGGCUAUGCCUUCGGGAUGACAGCCUUGCUGACCUACCGCAACUCAGAAGCCCAGGCUUUUGAAGGUCUCUUUGUCUACCCCUUGGAUGAGUGCACCACCGUCGUUGGGUUCGAGGCGGCCGUGUCCCGGCGUGCCAUGACGGUGCAGAUCAAAGACAAAGCCAAGAUAGAUGACACGUAUUUCGACAGCUGCAGCCUCCCUGAUGGAAGAGCUCGUGACGGAAGCGGAAGGAUCAUGAUGGAUGAGGACUUGGAGAGGAUUGUUUUUGUGGCUAACCUGGGCAUGAUUCCUCCCCUGGAAAGUGUUUCCAUCUUCAUCAGCACCUCUUCUGAGCUGCAGACACUGCCCAGCGGAGCCGUGAGGGUCCUUCUGCCAGCUGUGUGUGUCCCCAAGGUCCCCCAGCCCAGCCUGGAGAAUGCCAACAGCCUUUCCAGCCACCAGCUCCGAAUGGACAAGCACUACUGUGGAUCGGGGAGCCUGGAGCAAGGGAGCAGGUUCUGCCUGGCUCAGCUGCUGGAGAGCGAGGCCAUCAACCCCUCUGAGUACGAGUUCAGCUUCCAUCUGGAGAUCCGGGGGCCGUGCUUGCUGGCAGGUGUCGAGAGCCCUACGCACGAGAUCCGAGCAGACGCCGACCCCUCCGCUCGCUCCGCCAAGAGCAUCGUGAUCACACUGGCCAAUAAACACACCUUCGACAGACCCGUGGAGAUCCUGAUCCAUCCAAGUGAGCCCCACAUGCCUCAUGUCUUAAUGGAAGAAGGUGAUAUGACACCUGCAGAGUAUGAACGACACCUGAAGGGGAAGAAUGAUUUCAUUAAAGGCACUAAGAAAGACCCCAGUGCUGAGAAAAAGACGGAAAUCAUCAGGAAGCGACUGAACAAGGACAUCCCCCACCACCCCGUCGUCAUGCUCAACUUCUGCCCUGACUUGAGGACCGUCCAGCCAGACCUCCGGAAAGCCCAAGGAGAGUUUAUCUUCCUCAUAGACCGCAGCAGAAGCAUGAGCGGCGUGAAUAUCAACCGCGUCAAGGAUGCUCUGUUGGUCAUUCUCAAGAGCCUGAUGCCAGCAUGUCUCUUCAACGUCAUUGGGUUUGGAUCCACCUUCAAGACCCUCUUUCCUGCCAGUCAGACUUAUUGUGAGGAGAGCCUGGCCAUUGCCUGCGAAAGCAUCAAGAGGAUCCGGGCCGAUAUGGGUGGCACCAACAUCUUAUCGCCUUUGAAGUGGGUCAUUCGGCAGCCCAUCCACAGGGGCCAUCCCCGACUGCUUUUUCUGCUGACGAACGGGGCCAUCAGCAACACGGGGAAGGUCCUGGAGCUGCUGCGAAACCACUCCUGCUCCACCAGGUGCUACAGCUUCGGCAUCGGGCCAAACGCCUGCAGGAGACUGGUUCGGGGGCUAGCUGCUGUGUCCAGGGGCAUCGCCGAGUUCCUGGCGGAGGGCGAGAGGCUGCAGCCCAAGAUGAUCAAGUCACUGAAGAAGGCGAUGGCACCGGUCCUGAGUGACGUGACCGUGGAGUGGGUCUUUCCUGAGAGCACCGAGGUCUUGGUUUCCCCCAUCAGCACCAGUUGCCUCUUCCCUGGUGACCGCCUGGUCGGCUACGGCAUCAUCUGUGACACCUCACCCUACGUCUCUAACCCCAGAUCUGACAAGAGGCGGCGUUACAGCAUGAUGCGUUCCCAGGAGUCGGGCAGCUCUGUUUUCUUUCACUCCCAGGAGGAGGGAGCAAGCAUGGAGAGCUGGAACCACUCCAGAGACUCGGAGGGCUGCUGCCCCGCCGAGCGUGCCCCCGAUCACCUGGUGGUGGGCAGAGAUCCUGGGGGAGAAUCGGACACGGACACCGGAACAGACGUGAAGGCUUCCUCCAGGAGACGGGCGUACAGCACCACCCAAAUCGCCGACCACGAGCCUUGCAAGAAGGUGCCCACGGCCAGCGAUCCCGGCACUGCCCUGGUGAAAAACCCCCUUCGGAAAACCCACCUGCAGGACCUGCAGCAGGUCAGCCCCGAGCCCUGGCAGGUGGAUUUCCAGCCCUUCGCAGCCAGCUCGCUUGUCUCUGCCACAAAGAUCCGUGGCGCAGGUGCCCGGCGGCCAUCCCUGCUCCACCGGAGCUGCGUGUCCUUCUGCCGCGACUCCGACUCCCCGCCAGUGCCGGAUGGGCUGCAGCAGGUGGCUCCGGGAAGGGGCUUGGGACCACUCGAUGGCAGCGUGAGCCUGCGGUCUUCGUCGGACAGCCGGAGCCCCGGGGAUCUGGAGUCUGCCCAGCAUCCUUCCUUCACGUUUGAAACGGAGACCUCCUCCGACUGGGAGCCCCAGGACUUUGAUUUCAGCGCUGCCUGCAGCUCCCCACGCUCCCCCAGGACCCUCUGCAAGGCGGUGGUGAAGGGGCUAAGGAGCAACGAGCCCGUGCAGUGGGAAAUCACCUUUGAUAUCUGCCCUCUCUUCCGAGAGCGGGAGAGCCAGGCGGACGGUGACACAGACCUGUGGAGCGAGACCUUCCACCAUCUGGCAGCCAAGUCGGUCAUCCGGGACUUUGAGCAGCUUGCCGAGAAGGAGUGUGAAAUCGAGCACGGGUCCGGGCGGCGGUACCAGGUCAACGCUGUCCACACCAGCAAGGCCUGCAACGUCAUCAGCAAGUACACGGCGUUCAUGCCGGUGGACCUGAGCACCAGCGCCUACCUGCCCGCCGCCGUUGAGUACACCCACACGGGGGCAGCAUCCAAGCAAGGCAGCCAGAGGAGCCUGAGCUCGGGAAACAGGAGGCAUCGUGGCUUUUCCCCUGGACGUCCCCAGUCAGCUUGUGGCCAGAAUGGAGACGAUGGAUUUUACGGCAUGAAUGCAGAGGAGAGCAGCCUGUCGCCCUGCAGCACCCCUUCCUCCUCCGGCUGGGAGCGCUGCGGCCUCCCCGAAGGGCCAUUACAGAGCCUGUCUGCUUCCUCUGCACAAGCCCAAAAAUCCAUCGAGAGCCUCUUUGCUGCUAGGCUAACCCUCAAUAAAACCAGGCUGCUGGUUCGAGCCGCCAAAGGGUUCAUGAGUAAAUCUCCAAGCAGAGUGAGCGAAGCCAGCUCCGAGGGCGACAAUGAGAACAUGGACUACCUUCCCCUGGCGUCUCUGCAGCUGGCCUGUGGUGCCUUUCUCAUGAACUCGGCCUUCUGCGAUGCCGUCAACAUCCCCAUGGAGAAGCUGAAGUGGACAUCUCCAUUUGCCUGCCACCGCCUGGCCCUCAGCCCCUCCAGCUCCUACAGCACCAAGAAGACCAGUCCCUCCAGGGAGCACAAAAGCCUCGGCUCCGAUCGGCAGCUCCUGGUUCCCAGUGCGCACGGGAAGAGUCCCACCAUCAGAGACGUCGCUCUGGGUGCAGUGCCGGAGGGACCCGGCAGUCACGCGGAGGAUGCCGGCCGCCUUCGCCACUUCUCAGGCAGCGCGGUGGAGAGCAUCUCCGAAGCCCUGAAAGCCGAGAAGGAACUCUCUCCGCCAGCCAUCACCAUCCGCCGCUUCUCCUCCCCGGAGAGCACGCCGGCCUCGGCCGAGUGGCAAGCCGACAGCGGCCGGGGCUCGGAGACGGAUGGCUCCGAGGUCCAGGCGUUGCUCUUUGACAUCGAGUUGCAGCAGCAGACGGAGCCGGAGGGGAUGCUUUGGGCCACGGCGGUGGCCCUGGCCUGGCUGGAGCACAGCUCGGCUUCCUACUUCAUUGAGUGGGAGCUGGUGGCCGCCAAGGCCAGCCUGUGGCUGAGCGAACAGGACUUCCCAGAGGGAUACAGCCUGGCCACGGUGAAAGCUGCAGCCCAGCAGCUCUUUGUCCUGCUCCGGCACUGGGAUGAAAACCUGGAGUUCAACCUGCUGUGCUACAACCCAAGCAGCGUGUAAAGAGGACGAGGAGAGGGGCUUGGGCAGCUUACUGAGGGCGCAGGAGCAGGGACCCGUCCUCAAGGAAACACCUCCAAGGAGCUCAAUUCCUCCUCUGCAGGGACAAUGCGUGUUUAUUAGAGCGAGCCCUGCAAACAGAAGCAGCCCGGGCAAAAUCCUGUGCUCAGCGGUUGGUAUUUUGCCCUGGGAAGGUACCUACCAGCUGCCCACCAUAGGAUGCUAUUUAUUUUUAACUGGUGCAGCACCUCCAGCUACAGCAGUUCCUUCUGAUCCUGGUUUCUUCUGGUUCUCAGCCCUGUUCCCACAGCAGGUCUCCCUAAUGCCUGCUCGACUUGCCCUGUCCUCGCUUGGCUGCCCCUUUCCAGCCCCAAAUUGCUGCCAAGCCCCUGCUGCGGUCCCCCAGCCCCGAGUCGCUGCUCUCCUGAGGCUGCUGCCUGGCUUCUGCCAUCUCAGAUGUCUUUUGGCAAAGCUGAACGUCCGACAACAUACUCAUCUCAUGAACCAAAGGAAAUCCAGGCUGGGACUGACCAUCUGAAGAGCAAUCCUGCUGUCACGGCUGGGAGGAUGCUGCCUUGCCUCGAGCCCAGCGAUGCGCCGACAAGCCAGGCCAGUCGGAGGCUGGGACCGAAUCCCAUCACAUCCACACGGUGCUGGGCUCCCUCAGCCCCUCUGUGAUCCCAGAGGGAGUUUGCGAGACCCCUUGCAGCCGACGGCGUGCCUUCGGAGCUUCGCAGGCAGAGCAGGGGUGCCUGGGAUUGAAGGAAGGAACGGGCUAAGGAAACCAGUCCCUUGCACUUGACACGGAAUAGAGAUCCCCUGCAUUAAAAUAACAGAGGAAUUUUAUUCCCUGCCAAAAUGCUGAAUCCUUCCUUCUCCACACGAGCCUCCUGUGUGCUGAUCUGUCAGCUCUGAACCGCAGGGACCUGCCUUGGAAUCCAACGGCUCCGAGGCUUGCUCUUUUAAGGAUGCCAGACCCUCUAAACCCCACCAAGCUGGGGGACUUGUACUGGAACCCCUGCAGCAUCUGUCCCAAGAGCCGUGGCCAGACCUGCCCUUGCCUCAACCCUCUUGAAGGGAAGAGAGGAGAAGAGCCCUCCCAAACCUCGGAGCGACAUGGAGCCAUCGCUAUCCCCAUCUCCGCUUCUUGCAUUCGUGCUUCUUAAAGCCAAGAGGCAGCCGGACACAUAUUGCACCCCUGGACCCAUCGUGGGUACCACGGCUUCACGGGAGCCCGGCCAAGUUGUUCACUGUGACGGGCAGCUUUCACCAUGGUGCAGCAAAAUCCCUUCGCUGGCUCCAGCACAGCCCAGCGAUACCCAGGCGAUUUCUGGGAGCUUCGUUAUCCGCUGUAAUUCGUAGCAGACCGAGGGCACUGGAGGCACCGUGGGGACUGUGGCUUCUAGAAGCUGAUGGGAAGAAGAGGAGGAGACAGGGAGGAGAAGCUGGGAAUGGACAUUUUUUAACCACAAGCUCACUUGUUACUAGUCAGUGACGUUCCCAGGGGGAAAUAGAGGUUCCAGGUUUUGGGGGGUUUUUAUUAAUUUUCUUAUCUUUAAUUUUCUGCUGCAGAAAGGCCCCAGUUCUGGUUGGACUUAGGCUGGUUUUGUCUGGGGGCUUAGAAAAAUCAAAGGAAAUGCAGUUGGUUCACAGGCAUAGGGGCUUUGGCUCCUCUGCCGAGGAGGGACCAGUAAGAAGGGGAGUGUGAGUGUAAGAGCUGAAAACUGUCCAGCUGCAAACAGUUGGGAAACUGGGGAAAUGUAGGAAUAUGGGAAAGGGUGUUUCCUUCUGAGACAAAGCAUCUUUUCUUUGAAACCUUCCCAUGGGGGAAAGCAUCCCCUCCGAUCCCUAGCAAAGCAUUGUGAGCAGGAAUCUACUUUGUAUGAAAUCUUUUUGUUUUUUUCUGAGCAGAGCUGGUGGAGAUCAGGAGUAUUUUAGCUCACAAGCAAAAACUACCUCUUGUUUUCUGCCUUUCUUCAGCUCCCUGCCCACCAUGAUCCCCUCUGGUCCCUGUGACUUUACCAGAGCAGGGUUUAUUCCCAGGGCACAUACAUCUCAGCCCUCCUGGGGUUACUAGUGAGCUGGUUUCUGAUCCCUUGGUUCUCCCAAAAGACCCAGGCUGACUCCUAGGAGCUGCCCAGCUCUCUGUUAAUCUGGAGCCAUCAGCAAAAACGAGCAUGCCCCCAAUUUGGGGGGCUUCUGGAGUCAACAGGUCCCUUGUUCUGCAUUCAGGGGCGAGUGCGCAGCAGCGGUGCAGCACUUCCUACAUCCCCUUGGCUUUCAGGGAAGGCAAAGGGGAUGAAGUGGGUGAUCCCGUUUCGGAGCCCAACGCUGCUCUCACCGCUGCUGUGGCUUCUCCAGCCCCAUCCUGCGCCGUGCAUGCCACCGGCGCCUCUGCCCAGCUGCUGUGGCCAGCUCAGCGUCGGAGAAUGCUCCAGGAUGGUCCGUGCCGGGACACGAAGUGGGGUGAGUCUCCUCAAACCUGCUGCCUGGGACCCCGGCAGGCAUGGGGAUGCUCGCCAUCGUCACCCUGUGCCCCGCAAGGAGGUGGGUGCCCUCACCCCCAGGGCUCCCACUUCACUCUCUGCCGACUGGAGAGGCAUCGAGCUCACCGCCCGGCCCCGGUGGCGUUGGGCCCUGCCUGGCAGCCCCCAGGACGGGCUUUUUCUGCAGGAUCCAGCCGGCGGCAGCUCCGCGGAUCAAGUGCCUAUGGCGGGAAUCACACGCCGUCACCUCCGGCGUGGCUGCAAUGCCCGUGGAGCCUGUCCGAAACCUGUUGCCUUUCACUCCCUCCCUUGGCAUGUAGCAGCCUUGCCGUGUUUCAGCAGGUUUCUGUUUUGUGUCUGUGUGUCUGGAGGGUAGACGGGAGGGAAACUGGUGCCGGGGACCACAAGCAUCCCUCCGGUCUCUGCUUUCGGUGUCACCUCUCCGGGGUCCCCAGCGCGGCGAUGCUCGGCGCGCUGCAGGGUUGCCGGCUGGGUGCCUUGGUGCAGUCGUGUUCUCUGUUGCAGAAAUUGUUGUCCCAGUAAAUCACAGCCUGCUUAA